AAAACUAAAGCCAAAGCUUUAACAAGAGGGCAAAAAUAAAUAAAUAAAAAAAAAAGGUCCAAACCCAAAGGCAGAUAAAUAAAGAAAACAACUUUCAAAAUUUCAUUCAUCACAACAAAUAAUCUCUCUGUUGACCAUCUUUUAAUCUCUUCACCGAAAAGUUGACGAUAUGGAGCACAAUGAGACUGGAUGCCAACCCCAUCCAGAAGGCCCUAUUUUGUGCAUUAACAACUGCGGUUUCUUUGGAAGUGCUGCAAGCAUGAAUAUGUGCUCCAAGUGUUACAAGGACAUGAUUGUGAAACAGGAACAAUCAAAGCUUGCAGCGUCGUCAAUUGAAAACCUUGUAAAUGGGUCAACAAGUGAGAAGGGGCCAGUUGUUGUUGGCUCUGUGGAUGUGCAACCUGCUUUGCUGCAAACAAAAUCUGUUGCUUUUUCAUCACCUCCAUCUUCAAGUUCUGGUGAGGCUGCUGAAUUGAAGGUUAAGGAGGGUCCUAACCGGUGCAGCGCUUGCAAGAGAAAGGUUGGUUUGACUGGAUUCAAAUGCCGCUGUGGUAACUUUUAUUGUGGAUCACACCGCUACUCAGACAAACAUGACUGCCAGUUUGACUACCGCUCAGCUGCACGCGAUGCUAUAGCAAAGGCCAAUCCUGUUGUUAAGGCAGAAAAACUUGACAAGAUCUAAAAGGGGUUAUUGUUCUCAUAUUUGAUGUGUACUUUUAGUCCAAAGAGGACUUCCUCUGAUUGGCUACCUAUCAUGUGAUAUCUUGUUAAAUGGGAGUCAAGUCUAUUUAAGAAACAUCUACAGGCUGAAGAACUCCUGUUUAUUGUCAUAGGUAGAAUUUGUUUGUUCACUCCAGUUUCAAGUCUUUGUAUGUGCUGGUUUGGUGAAUAUUUAAUUAGGUUUGUUAUGUGUCAUUCUGUGGUUCACAUGGCUAACGUCCAUGCAAUUGUAAUCUGGCAUUGUAAAUUAUUCGCAUGAAUCUCUUAUAUGGCUUCACUUGCUCCAAUGCAUAGUGUAUUAUCUUUAACUUGAUACUUUA